GGGCUGGGAGGGGCCUUAGUGCGCGCCUAGGCGGGGCGGGAGGAGGAAGGGCAUGUAGGCGGGGCUGAAGGGCGGGGCCUGGGCAGGCGGCUCCGAGAGCUCAGCGCCCCCGGGCGCGCGUCUAGUCGCGGAGGCGCACCAGUGGACGCUUCUUGGAGCAAACAUGGCCGACAGCAAGGGUAAGCCUGCCAAAGCUGCCAACAAGACACCACCCAAGUCCCCAGGAGACCCAGCCAAGGACAGAGCUGCUAAGAGGAUGUCACUGGAGUCAGAGGGUGCCAAUGAGGGGGCAGCUGCAGCCCCUGAGCUCAGUGCCCUGGAGGAGGCCUUCCGGCGGUUUGCAGUACAUGGGGACACCAGGGCAACAGGGAAGGAAAUGCAUGGCAAGAACUGGUCCAAACUAUGCAAGGACUGCCACGUGAUCGACGGGAAGAAUGUGACCAUCACUGACGUGGACAUCGUCUUCAGCAAGAUCAAAGGGAAGUCGUGCAGGACCAUCACCUUUGAGCAGUUCCAGGAGGCGCUGGAGGAGCUGGCCAAGAAACGGUUCAAGGAUAAGAGCAGUGAGGAGGCCGUGCGUGAGGUGCACCGGCUCAUUGAGGGCCGAGCACCAGUCAUCUCUGGUGUCACGAAAGCUGUGUCCUCUCCUACGGUGUCACGGCUCACAGACACAACCAAGUUCACAGGCUCCCACAAAGAGCGCUUUGACCAGUCGGGGAAGGGCAAAGGCAAAGCUGGGCGCGUGGACCUGGUGGACGAGUCAGGCUACGUGCCUGGCUACAAGCAUGCCGGCACCUAUGACCAGAAGGUGCAGGGGGGCAAGUAGCCUUUCAGGCUGAAGCCCUGGACACGACCGGUGCCAGGCGCUGGACCACACCCAUUGUACUUCAUUACAUUCCUAUGUUCAACUGGGCAGGACUCAAAAAACA